CUUCUAAAAGUAUUUCCUAGCUUUGCAUUAUCUUUUACAAACUAUUUUCUAAACGCUUUAGCGUUACAUAAUAGUAACAUUCAUCUAUGAAUUUCAGUUCAAUAGUUAUUAGUACAUUACAUAAAACGUUUUCUGUUUUUGACUGUAUUUUGUUUAAUUUCAUUUUUAACUGCAUAUUUUGUCACUAUGUGGCGCUAGUCUACCAGCGGACGUAAAGGAAUAUGCGUCUUCUAUAGUUAAAUAAAUCGUGAACAAGCAUUCUGACCAGAAACAACUUAUCAAGAAAGUGUUUUCACAAUUCUUGCUUUGAAUACGCUUCGGUAAUUACAGAAAUGAGAAGUUUGUUUUUCCUUGCAACACUACUAUUUGUACUACCGUUCCCGAUUUGUAUUAAAGGCCUCGUCAAACCUGAAAUCAGACCAUUUCAUUUUGUCGGAGAAUUGAAAUUGGGCAAAAGAACAGCAGUGGCAUGCUCUGUCAUCGAUGGUGAUCCGCCUUUUGUUUUCACGUGGCUCAAAGAUGGUUUGGUAUUGAAGAACAACCAGGAAUUCUCCAUUGCUAAUGUCGAUGAUUAUCUCUCUACCUUAACCAUAUUCAAACCUGGACCUGACAGUAAUGGUAACUACACUUGUAGAGUCUCCAAUACUGCCGGCAAGGACGAAAAGCAUGACAUCCUUCUUAUUAAAGGCAAAGUUUCUUUGAAAAAUGUUCUUUUAAACAGUCUUUUUGAUGUUUGUAAAAUUCUUUGAUCAAGUAAUAACCUAGCAAUAUUUUCUA